CAUAAUUUGAAUCACAAAUAAAUUAAGUUUUACAAUGACAGUUAAAAUUACUUGUUUGAAAAUUGCAUUAUUUAUUUAUUUUAUUCAAUCGAUAACCGCAACGACUCCGGACAUUGCAAAUAUGAUGCCCAUUGAUAUACGGGACAGAGUUUUGGCAUUUAUGUUCAACUACGGGGACCCGGAGUUUAAACAUCCGUCCAUUACAAUGAUAGGACUAUUAUGUAAAUUAAAUAAUAAAUUUAGUUUAAUGAUGAAAGAAUUGGUUAAUCUGACGGCUUCAACCUAUAAUGACAACCCAGUUGUCAGACAUACGGCUGAACUGAUAUUUGCCACACCAUUCAUUGUCAGACAAUCCUGUAUCGAAGCUACCAGUCCUAUGGGACGAUCCAGUAAUCAAUUUAUCCGUAUAGUCAACGAAAAGCGUUUGGAAGCCAAAGAUUAUCGUUAUUUUUUGAAUACAUUGCUAACCGAUGCGACCAAACCUAAUACUAGAGUAACAAUUGGACAGUUAGUUUGUUAUUUAAAACUAUGGAUUGAAAAGACAAUACUCAAGUAUCCGGUCAAAGACGAUGUCCAGAUUCGGGUCAGUGAUCACAUUCAUCAGGUACUCGAUCCGGUAGUCGACUACUGGUCAACAUUGGACACACCGCAAACAUGGUGUAGUUUUGAACAAUUAUUGGACAAACAGCCACUACCACCACGUUUUAAGUCUCUAAUGUUAAAUCUAAUCCAUGCUAUCAGCCAUUUAGUUAAACCUAUUAAUAACCUCAUUCAACGAUCCACAUAUUAAUUGUUGAUUAUAUAUAAAACACAAGUAUUUUAAUAUGAAAUAUA